GGGAGAAAAAUUUCUUAACUAGGUAUACCGAUUUUCAGAUUUUUAAAUGAUUAGAUAUAUCGAAAUAUAGUUGAACACCCUACGGACAUUUUCACUUAACUGCUUGUUUUCAUUAAACAAACAGUUGCACGAGGAAAAAAAGUAUUCAUAUUAAAAUUAAGUAGCAAGUUCAACACAAUAUGUCCGGAAUUCUAUUUGAAGACAUCUUUAACGUUAAAGACAUGGAUCCAGAAGGAAAAAAAUUUGACAGAGUUUCUCGAUUACACUGCGAAUCAGAAUCUUUCAAAAUGGACUUAAUAUUAGAUAUAAAUUCUUGGAUUUAUCCUAUGGAAUUAGGCGAUAAAUUUCGUCUAGUACUGGCAACAACUUUACAAGAAGAUGGAAGGCCAGCGAGUCAGGAAUAUUUAGUGAGCGAAAUCGAAGGAUCCCGCGCUGAUAGCUUUGAGUAUGUUAUGUUCGGACAAGUUUACAGAAUAGAAGGUGAUGAUUCAGAAGCAUCAAGCCGUCUCUCCGCAUUUGUUUCAUUUGGUGGACUCCUUAUGAGACUCCAAGGCGAUGCCAACAAUGUCCACGGCUUUGAAAUUGAUCAGAAAAUUUAUCUCCUCAUGAAAAAACUCGCUUUUUAAAGACACAAUGUCAUAUUUUAAGGAUUACUAUAUGUAAUUGAACAAUAAGUAAUAUAUAAAAAUGGUAAAUAUAUUAAAGUGAGAGAUGCAGUCAUUGAUCUUUGAUCAGUGAAAAGAACUUCAAAAUACGUCCAAAUUUAGUAUGUCACCAUUAUCACAAGGAAUAAAGAACUGCGAUCAAUACUGGAAGUAGAACUCACUGUAAAAUUUGAAAUUGAUUAUGUUCAUAUUUACCAAAACUUCAUUUCUGUGCUUCAUACAUUAUUCUCCCAAAUUACCUACCUAUUAAAAUAAAAUCAAAUCAAUCAUUUUAAACUUCAAUUUUCACGGUUUUUAUUCGUAUUU